AUGCGGUUCGUUCUGGUCGGUGUCCUCCUUGCUGCCCUGGCCACGGCAGUUUUUGGCGAAGACUAUGAAAUUUUCGACCUUGUCAGCGACUUGGAGGCGUCUGAAGGCAAGGGGACAACAUUUUACUCUUGGCUAGAGGUGUCUCCAACCGCGCCCCUUGCCCAAGUCAACAAGGCAUACCGUAAAAAGAGCAUAGAACUACAUCCGGACAAAAAUCCCGGUGUCAGAGGUGUACACGAACGAUUUGCAAGGCUCGGUGUUAUCGUGAAUAUAUUGCGGAGUCCGGAAGGUCGAGCGCGCUAUGAUUUCUUCUGCAAGAAUGGCGUGCCCAAGUGGAGAGGAACCGGCUACUAUUAUACGAGGUUUAGACCAGGACUCGGCACUGUGUUAAUUUUCUUGACGUUGUUAACGACUGGACUGCAGUAUCUGGUACAGAUGGUGAACUACUCCCGGGAUCUAAACCGCAUUCGUCAAACGAUCUGUGAUGCCAAACUUAGUGCGUGGGGUCCAAAGAUGGUGCAAUCAGGGGGGAAGCGAAAGGUCAAGGUCAACCUCGGAGGCGGGCCGCGGAUGGAUGAGGAUGGGAGGACGGUGCCUGGCAAAGUGAUUGACGUGAUUGUUGAUGGUGACGCCGUCUAUAUCGAUUGUUCAGGGGAGCUCCACGAAUUAAAUGAGAAGACAGCUACACCGCCUGCCUUUGCGAGAACGUGGUUUCCUACAUUGCUACGAAGAGUGUUUCGGUUGGCCAUAGAAGGCAAGAGCGAGCCCGCGCGAAUAGAAGGCGAAGGCGAUGAACAAGGGGAGGGUAGCGACUACGGAGCGAAUCCUGCAGGUGGAACAACUGCUCCAAAUGGGACCAGUGAAGCUGGGGCCCAAAAAAGGGGAAUGCGGGCUGCUGCCGUGAAAGCUGGGAGCAGAAGGAAAGCGGCGAGAAAAUAGUCUAUCCACCCUUUGUGGUGCGGGGAAUUAGAGUUGUCCAUAACGACGUUUUUACAUAAGCCAAUUCUGGCGCAAUAAGUUCCAGUCAAUCUCAUCCCAUUCACUGCAACGGAAUCUUGGCAAACGGAAGGAAACCUUUGCCCGUGUGGCGUUAUGGGUGUUGUGGCUGACGGGCACUGUUUACUUUUGAUUGUUCCUGAGCUA